AUGCUUUACCGUGAUAGAGAAGACGGCCACGAGAGGAUGCUUCAGGAUUACUUGGCGGUGAAUCCAACAUAUGGCCAUGAAAUAUUCCGUCGAAGAUACAGGAUGUCUCGGGAGCUUUUUGUACGCAUAAUGAACGCUGUUGAAGCACAUGAUGAUUAUUUUGUGCGUAAAAGGGACGCGGCCAAUGUUCUUGGAUUGAGUUGUUUCCAAAAAUGCACUGCCGCCAUGCGUAUGCUGAGCUAUGGGAUUCCUGCUGAUGCGACAGAUGAGUACUUUCGCAUAGGUGAAAGUACCGCACUUAAGAGCCUGAGGAGGUUUGUGACUGCAGUUGAUGAAAUUUUUGGAGAACAAUAUCUCAGAUAUCCCAAUGAGGCAAACACGGCCCGCUUACUUGCAAUUGGUGCAGAAAAAGGCUUCCCAGGGAUGUUAGGAUCCAUUGAUUGUAUGCAUUGGGCUGGGAAGAACUGUCCAUAUGACAAACAGGAUGGCAUAUACCCCACAUGGGCUACUUUAGUUAAGUCGAUCACUAAACCUAUGGGGAACAAGAACCAAUAUUUUGCCAGAGCGCAGGAAGGAGCGAGGAAGAUGGUCAAGAGAGCUUUUGGGGUUCUUCAAUCUAGGUUUGCCAUUGUUCGAGGAUCAGCUCCUAUUUGGGACACACAAACUUUGUCAAAGAUCAUGAGGGCUUGUGUGAUUAUGCACAAUAUGAUUGUGGAAGAUGAAGGAUUUGUGGUUGACCCUAAUGAACGCUUUGAAUAUGGUGGUGAAAAUGUGGAGCCUACUCAUGGUCAGCCAACUCGUACCCUUGAAGAAUAUAUUGAUGCGCACAGGAAGAUUAGAAACAAAGAAACACAUGAACAGUUGAAAGAAGACCUCAUCCAGCACCUCUGGAAUCAUCAUCCGGAUUUAUAUUAG